GUCUCUUUGCUGCGUCUAGUAUGACAGAAUGAGGGGAUGACGUGCACCCGUCGAACCUCCUUCCUGCCUUGAAUGUGGCUGAUGACGAGAACCUGCUUCAACGUCACGUCGUAACCACCCACCUGCCCACCGCGUUCUUCUACCACCUACGACCAACUAAUUUCUGUCGCCUCGCAAGUUUCCAGGCUUGAGAUAUCUUCAACCAUUCCAUUCCGCGCUGCCUCAUCUGCCCAGCUGCUGCCUUGGGUGGCAUUGCGCAAGGAUUCCACUACCUUUCAUUUUUUUUCUUCAAACUACCCCGCCACACCGUAAACUCUUGCCUGGCUUAACCAAACCACAUCGCAUCCAGCAGAUCAACCUACCUCAUAACAACGACUUCAACCAUCACUCAUCCAGAUCUACGACGCGACUCUCAUACAUACUGGCCUCAACAGCUAACCCGCGGUACCCACAUAAUCGCCCUCACCGCAGGCUCACCAACUCCAGCCGGCAUGGAUCCCAACGCCCCGUUGCCGUAUCGCAUCCCCCAGCUCGCCAAGUCAAACUCCAGUGCAUCCGCUGGAGGCGCAUCUGUCAAGUCAGUCUCUGUUAUUGGAGCGCAUCCUCUUGGAACGCUGCGUGUGCAUGAGCCUGCCGACCCUAUGAUAGAGGAGGAUGACGACGAUGGCCCGCCUUCCUUGGAUCCCCCUGUUAGACAAGGCGUCCAACAACAACAACAUAGAACAUCACAGGCUAGCUUUGGAAAGUCGCUCAGCGCCUCGCCUCGAGAUUCUCUAAGGCAUAGCAUGGGAGGCGGCGAUGUAGUUCUCAUCCUUGACCUCCCAGAAGUCCUCACCGUUGGAUACGACUCUCUAUCAUUUACAGCCAAGCACUUUGGCGGCGUCAGAGAUAUCCCUCCUGGCCCUCAUUUCUUUUGGGUUUCCCACCCAGCCGGCCUUUCUGCUCGCUGCGGUUUCUGGAUCGUUGCUACCGGAGUUGACACUGUUCAUGUUAUACAGUGGGACAAGUUCAAUGAAGUCCUCAGCGAGUCUGCUCGCGCCGAAGCCCGCAUACAGGCUGACAAUCUCGACACCUUCCACUCCAAACUCGUUCCAUACUCCGACCCUUCAGCCGUCAAUGUCGCUCACGGCAACCUGUUGCCAUCUGCCUCUGAAAGGAACUUCAAGAUCUGGCAGCAGCUGACGGGAAGCAUCUCUGAAGGCGUCCUAAGCCGCAUUACAGGACAGCUUCAUGACAACUGGAUGGUCCAUACCGGAGACCGCGUGAAUGGGUCGAUCCUCAUGGCUGGAGAGAUGGAACUGGACAGGUCCAUCUCGAAGACACUGCUCAAGACCCGCGAACUCAACUUUACAUUCAACCAGCAGUCCAAAACAUACUCAAUAGGCAAUUCUGGCGCUGACCGGACGCUCGACGCGACUGAUGCGACGCAUUAUAUCACCUCCCUUAUUGAUAACACGAACGGCGGCCUGGCCCCCGAGGACAUUGUUGGCGACUUCCAGUUCGCCUUCGUGGUCGGCAUGCACCUGGGCAACGACUCAUGCAUCCAACAGUGGUGGCACAUGCUCCUCAAGCUCAUCCUUCGAGCUUACCUUCUCCCUGCUCGCCGUCCUGUGCUCGCUGCCGCCUUCAUACGCUCACUUGCCGCCCAGCUCUCCUAUAGCACUUCCUGGCUGGAUGGUUCUGUCUUAGACUAUGCGGACUCCCAGACCCGGGACCUCCGUCUUGCCCUUACUGUAUACAAGCGUCGCCUCGACGAGCUCCUGCUUGGCCUCGGAACCCAUAUCUCCCCGGACCAGCUUUCCGUGGGCACCGCCUUUGCUGGACUCGAAGCAACUGUUGUCUCAGAGUUAGACUGGGAUCUCCGUGGCGAUUACCUACGGCGAGGAAAUGUCAUGAUGGAGGAUGGCGAACAGGUGGAGCUCGAGGUUACUGACUUCGAAGCUGAGGAUGAGCGUGGGGAGUGGGCUCCCGAGGUGGUUCAGCUGGACGAGUCUGGUCGUCAGCGCGACUUGGUCUCGUGGAACGAUUAGGAACGGCGAGCUAUGAAGACGUUCCAGGCCCCAAGGCAUUGGGGACGGCGUGCUGGGGGAGUGGCUGCCGAGCGAUGGCGGCAAUGGCAGCGAAUGCGUUCGCGCCGUUAUUGGAUUCGUCAGGGGCGACGGAAGUUGGUACGGACACGACGAGAGACAUGAUGACGUUCAGGCUAUCGAGAGAGACUGACAGGAUGAGUGUGUAAAGGAGGUGGAUAUGGU